AGCUCCGAGGGUUUGGGAGACAGCCGCGAUGGUUCGCAGCAGUACCUGCAGAGUUGUCCUGCUGCUGCUUUUCAGCCUCUUCGUGGUCUCUGUGCACUCAGAGGCAGACGCUGCCUUAGCCGUCCUGGACCACCAGGAGACCUGGUCUGGAGACCCUCCCGGUGACGCCACCUCCACAGUCUCCGUGGUGACCUUCACCUUUAACUAUCCCGAGAUCUUCACUUCCUCUCAGCCGUUUGAUGAAGCGUUCCUGGGACCGGGGGCCAUCACCGCCAUCGUUAUAGCCGUCUUCCUGGGGGUGUCGGUCCUCCUCACCCUCAUCGUCAUCACACUGAGGAAGUUCAUGGCCUCCUAGAGAGAUCCUGUCUGUGUGUGUGAAUGUUUUAUGUGUGUUGGUUCUAAAAUUGAUCUUUUUUUAAAAUGUUUGCUUUAGAUGCUAAAAACUUCGGCAGGUCCUUUGACUGACAAUCAAACACUGAAUGAUUCAAUUGUUGCUCAGCAUGAAGGAUUCUUAAAAACUGGCUGGUUUUCCCAGUACGACUUCUGUCAUUAUAUGUCGCAUUCAAACACUUAAAGUUUAUUUCCUUUAGUUUUCCUUUAUUCAGGGAAUAAUAAUGUAAGGAUUUAAAAAAAACAAUUAAAGGAAGUUAAUUGCAGAACAUUCUUAUUUUCUAUUAGUUUAGUAUGACCCUGAAUCAACUUUUUUGGAACUACUUUAUGUUUUAACAAUCUCUCUUUGUUAAUUUUUUAUAAUAAUUUAGCAUCAAACAUUUUGAUUUUUUUUUUCAAUCAUUUACAAGCAUAACUUUCCAAUUUUCGCUCUAGAACUGUAAAAAAUCUUUGGUAAAUACAACUUUAAUAAUAAAAAAAAUGUACAAAAUCAUGACUUGUGUUUAUUUUACAAGCGACAGCUCAUUUUCUACCAGCAGGGGGCAGUAUACUGACUUUUCCCACUCCACAGAAAAAUCUUUUUAUUCUUUCAAAAUUAAAAGCAACAUUUCACAAAAAAUCUUUUCUUUCUUUCUUUUUUUUUCUUUUUUUUGUGUCAAAACCGCAUAAAACAUCAAAGAGAUACGACAAUCGGCAAAUGAAGAAUAUUCUCACGCUUCAAAUAAAUCAAAGAGUCAUCUCUGUAAUUGAAACCAGGAAACUGUCUGACAAACAUAAUCACAGUAACAAAUCUGCUUCUGCCACUUUCAAACACUCUGAGUAAUCAUUCAUUUUCAUACGGGACUGUUGCUGACUCUAACAUCUCUGUGCUGACUGUGGCCUGAAAAAGAGUUUGGGGAUUUCAUGGAGGGCCUGCUAAAAACAAAACGAAACCAGUGACUUACCCUAAACAAAAACAAACAAAAAAA